AUGACGGAACCAGUUUCCCACCAGGGGCUCCAAGCGUUGUAUGAAUUGCACUAUGGAAGCUGCCGUUGUCCAAUAACUGAAACGGAGCUCGCACGUGCCGAGAGGCGCGCCCCCACGGACGUCCAGCAGACAGUCCAAGAAGUUGCAGAGCUUUUCCACCGAUCCCAAGAACUUGCCCUUGGAGGCGAGGAUGCGCACGUCUGGAGCCGACUUCCAGAGGUUGCGCCAGCGGCAGGACAGCACGCACGUGCGCACGGACUCCUGCGCCUCCAGGAAGCCGAGAAUGUGAUGGAGGACUUCGUCCGGGAGGGCGUCGAUGCCCUUGCCCUCUGGAGGCAUUCCGUCGAAGAGUCCGCGGGCGUCGACUCUGAGGGACAAGUAACGGAGAGUCGGAAGGGGUUAGAAGAUUACGAGCAUGGGGAUUGGGGCGGCACUGACCGACGGGGGAGCGCAACAACUGGCGAAGGACGAGAGACGAGACGGAAUGCGAGGGAAAUGAGGCUGGAGGAUUUGGCACCGCGUGAACCAUUGUACGGAGCGAGCUCUUGA